AUGGCAACUACAGCUAUGAUCACCUCUUACCCAUCAAUGGUUAUCGACAACCUUGAUGAUCCUACGCCCCCUGGAGCUUACAUCUUUUCUUCUCCUUCUGCUAAUCAACAAGAACCUUUAUCACUCACUUCCGAAACCGCUAUCAACAUCAACACUCCUUUUCAACAACCCUCCUUUUCACUCUCAACCCAAUUAGAUUCACUUCCCACUCAGUCCGUGACUAGUUAUACCGUCUCAUCAUCGACCUACAGAGUAUCAAGAUUACCUCCUCAACCUACUAUACCUCACGCUGGACCAUCGAGACAACCUCAGAGAUACUUGUUCUUCGCAGUCAGAAGAGGUCGCAAGGCUGGUGUUUAUACUGUCUGGCACGAGGUUGAAAGGCAGAUUGAGGACUACCCAGAUCCUGUCUUUCGAACCUUUUCAACCAAGUUAGCGGCAGAAGCAUUUGUUCGAGGGUGGGAUGGCGCAGGCAGACAUUCAUUACCCCAAUCAACACCCAGACCACUUCGAGAACAUCUCGCCAUGUCGUUUCCAGGCUCAGUGAACAUAUCUACAUCCCCUGGCAAGAGACAGUCGUAUCAUUCUCGACUCCUUACAGCCCCAUGCUCAUCCUCAAAUGAUUUCGCUCCUUCACCUCUCGAUACUACUCGCCCACCACUAAAUUCUCGUCACUCGUAUCACCGACAUAGCAUGGUGAAAGUAUCCAGUCCACUGCGUUGUCAGGUAGACGAAGAAGAAGAAUUGAUUGAAUCCGCCGGAUCACGAUUGCCUCCGUUGAGGAAAGCUGCAAGUUUCAUCGGUGCUGGAGGUUUACUCAGUCCACCUCAGAGUCCAGAGAAAGCGCAGGGAAAGAAUUUAUCAGUUAUGGAAAGGGAGAGACCUACGAGAUCGAGGAGUGGAGAAGGAGCACCAUGGUCAUCACGCAAUCAUCGAGAUUUCUCUUCGGGUUCAAAUGGAGGUUUGGGACUUGUCGCUCGACCACUCUCACCACCUCAGACACCAAGUGAUAAACGAGCUACCAUCCAUGGCGGAUCCGUCUCUCGACCUACCGCCACCCGUACGCCUAGUGGACUUUGGGCUGAUGCAAUGGUACCUCGACCUAGUCCAAGCGGUUCUAAAACCGGAUCAGCCGGUCAACUUGAAUUCUCGGAUCCUACAGCUCCCAAGUUCUCCAGGUCAGGAUUGAAGAAAAAUGGAAUCAUCAUGCCUGUUGCUGCUCCACCUGGAGCUCAACGUAAAAAUUCCUCUCAAUCACUUCGGUCGAAAGCGAGUCUAGGCAGUUUGAGAGGCAGUGGACUCGCCAGUAAUAACUCGUCUUCAUCUUCUGUCAACUCAUAUGAUAGACGACGAUCAUCUGUUUCCACUUCAUCCAUCGGCUAUGGCCACGCACAAGAUCGACUAGCCUCGUUGGCUGAAACUUCAAAGAUGGAGUUACAGCUUAAUGAAGAUGGGUUAUUAGCACUUUCACCUCCCAGACCGGCUUUCAUGAUGCGUCGAUCGUCCUCCGCUUCCAGUGUCGCUUCCAACGAAUCUACUUCUUCCAUGGGAUCCAUGACCUCUUCAUCAUCUACCAAUCAAACUUCUUCGUUGGACUCUUGCGAACCGAUCUUAGAGGAGGAUCAAGAUGAUGAGCAUAUACAGAUCAUAGGGGAAGAAAGGGAUAUGGUGAUUAGUUGUACAAAAUCCGAUGGUGAUGCUGAUGGAAGUUCGAAUGGGGAUAUGGAUUCAAUGAAAGGGGAUAAAAAGUUGAAGAGUGGUGGAGGGAUGUUCAAGAGGUUGGCUAAGGCUUUGAAAUUGGAGAAGAAGCAGAGCGCGAGGAGGGGAAGUUUGUAA